CGAGCCAGAUCCACGCGGCACGUGACAAGUGACACGACGCUCGCUCACUCCCCCCACACUCCCCGGCCGCCGCCGCCGGCCUCGUCAGUCGCAGAUCCCCCAACCACCAGCGAAGCCGCCGCUCACCGCCGACUGGCCCACAUGGCCGCCUCUAUCGCCGCCGCCGCGUCCGUCUCCCACCUCCUCCUCGGGCCGAAACCCAAGCCCACAACCCCGCCCCGCCUCUCCCUCCUCCCCCGCAGGCGCUCCGGAGCCGCCGGGGCCAUCUCCGCCUCCGCGUCCGCGGCCUCCGACUUCCUCGCCCCGGUCCCGUCCCUCAAGUCCCGCCUCGCCGCCGGCGACACCCUCUACGGCCUCUUCCUCCUCUCCUUCUCCCCCACGCUCGCCGAGAUCGCCGCGCUCGCCGGCUACGACUACGUGGUCGUCGACAUGGAGCACGGGCCGGGCGGCAUCACGGAGGCCCUCGCCUGCCUCCGCGCCCUCGACGCCGCCCGCACCCCCGCCGUCCUCCGCCUCCCGGAGGCCUGCCCCGUCUGGGCGAAGAAGGCGCUCGACCUCGGCCCCGCGGGCCUCAUGCUUCCCGCCGUCGAGUCUCCGGCCGCUGCCGCGGAGGCUGUAUCCCACUGCCGCUACCCGCCCCGCGGCGUCCGUGGCGCUGCCUACCCAAUCGUCCGUGCAUCCGCCUACGGCCUCGACGACUCCUACCUCUCCCGCUGCGAGGACGACACCCUCAUCAUCUGCCAGGUCGAGACUGCCGCCGGCGUUGCGGAGAUCGACGCCAUCGCCGCCGUCGAAGGGGUCGACGUCGUCCAGAUGGGCCCGCUCGACCUGUCGGCGAGCAUGGGGUACCUGUGGGAUCCCGGGAACAGGAAGGUGCGAGCGGCGCUGAGGGAGGCUGAGAGGAAGGUGCUGGAGGCCAGGAAGAAGAAGGAUGCUGCUCCGGAAACCAAUGCGGCUUACUUGGGUGGGUUUGCGAUGCCCAAUGACCCAGCUGAGCAGCUCAAGCACAGGGGAUACCAUAUGGUUGCAGGUGCAGUGGACAUUGGGUUGUUCCGGAAGGCGGCAUUGGAGGAUGUCAAGCGGUUCAAGGAGGCGUCAAUGGAGAUUGGUGAAGCAGAGGGUGAGGAGGAGGAUGAGAAGGAAGAUGGAUACUGGAGUGAAUGAGCACUGGGGAACUGGUGAUGGCUUCAUUUGCUUGUGUUCUGAAUUGAAACUUUUAGGGUCUCCAUUUUCUGGACUUUGGUGUACUCUUGUUUAGUCGAUGAUUCGGGUUUUAGGGAGCAAAUCUGUUUGGGCACCUUACUGUUCCCAUUUGUAGGUGGUAAUUGGCGAGUACCUAAUAAAGAGUUGGAUUUUAGUGAAA